AUGCUCCAAACUGGACGAUCGGCACGAGACGAUGAUAUCACAGGGCACAUCAAUCUCGAUGAGGAUGAUAAUACAAACAACGAAACUGAAAACCCUGCACCAGGACCAGAUCCCAGUAGCACCAGCUACCACGAUGAGGCCGCCACCCGCGAAAGCGGCACUGGACCAGCCGAGAAUGACGAGACAGGCGGCAGCGAUGGACAUGACAACAGCAACAACGACGACGACGGCAAUGAAGUCCCCUCCUCAGCCUCUACCCCAACCUUCGACCGCCCCUUCACCUUCUCCCCGCACCUCAUCCGCCCACGCACGCCCCCUCCUCAAAUCUACCAUGUAACCCGAGAGGUGCACCGCGGUCGUGAUUUUCACAUCCCCGAGCCAGCAGCUGAACGCGCUAAGCAGCAGCAUCAGCGAGAGCGUUUUGUCCACAGAACCCGCCAGGUCCACCACCAACGCCAACACCACCACCAACACAAGCACCAGCUCGUCACAACCCGCCUCCUCACAGCCCAAGAACGCGCCUUCUGGUACAACCGCUCCUAUUUCCACCUCACCACCCUCCUCCCCAUGACGUACACCCGCUCAUCAUCAUCAUCAUUCUGGCGGGUGGCUGCCCGCCUGGCCCGGCUGACGGCGUACGUGCUGUACGACGAUUUUCGA